AUGAAGCGUUCAGAAUUGAUAGUGUGUGUGGUGCUUGUUGUCAGUUUGAUCAUUGAAAAUGACAAGGUUUGUGAAGUAAUGGCUUUUCUUCGACGACCCGGACCUAAGAAAUUUGGAAUAAUCAGGGGUCUUUUCGGACAACCCUUGCCCUUUGCAAGGCCUGGAUUACCUUGGCUAAGAGCAAGCAACCCUAAUGCCCAUGCGGAAGAAGAGGUAAUACCACAAGCAGUAGAGAUAGUUCACUCACCAGAUCAGGUCGAGGAUAUAGAUGUUCCAGAAGUUCUACCGCUAUUGGUGGGAUUCUACAACGAAGAUGGCACCAUAGAAGAGCUUGUUCCAGCUGAAAAAUCCAGACGCAAGAGGUUUAUAAAUGUCAGGAACAUCAAACCUUCAGCAGGACCUCCGUCGGGGUUUCUGAUCGAUUCAUUUGAGGGUACAGAAAAUGAUCAUUUGACACAAGAUGCAAGGGAAGAACAUGCUGAUCAAUCCAAUGCACAUGCAAGCAGCUUGCAAGGUCCACGAAAUGCACGGGAAGUCUCGAAUUUACCCCAUAGGAUACGCCAGGGAUUCUUAAGGAACAGGUAUGCAUCAUUCGCUCCCUUUGACCAUUCCGUAGACAGUUCUAACGAUAAGAGCUCGAGAAGAAUUGAAGAAGCGUUAGUUCAGACCGAUGGUUCCGAACACCUUGUUGGUGCGGAGUCCGUCCCAGAGGAUAUCCAAGUAAUUCGUAACGAAAUCAGUAGCAAUAAUCCACCUGACGGCACAGUCAAUUUCACGGAUGCCCUAAAUCAGUUCCUAGACGAUUCUAAUCAGACAUCCUCCACUGGUGAAACCCUCACGGAGCCUGCGCAAAUCACCAACGUCAAGUUUAUCGAUGCAAAUGGAACGGAGAUGGUCGUACCGUUUCGAAUGCAUAGUAGCCAGAUUCCUCAAAGCACUGGCCAAGUAGUUCCAGGAGCUAUCAUAAACUACAACUUUUUCCAAAUAGGCUGCACUCGUGACAAUGCCUUGAGAAAGAACUCGAAGCAACGCUUCAUGGAUGUAUUAAGUCAAAUUCCACAUCGAAUCGAGAAGCGGAAAGGGGCUCCCGAUCUAGAACCACCCGCAGAAAGUACUACCAUGGAGACUCUAUCUACUGCGCCUGUAGAUGAUGCAUCAUUUACUUCCCGUAUGAUAUUCAAGAUGAAUCGUAGUAAAUUACACGGUUGGAAACUCAAGCAGUGGAAACUUCAACAGGAAGAAUUUCAACAGUCUGAAUCACAGCAAAAUCCGGUCAUCAUCAUCGGUUCCGGUGAAAAGAGUGAGCUUUCCAAAAGGCCACGUGACACACGACACUCGGCACUUGACCAAUCCACUUUCAACAAACAUCGAUCAAAUCGUGCCGAACAGCUCCUGCAUCGGUUUUGGAGUCCUGCAGGUACUCCCUCGCCAAUAAAACCAAAACUCAUAGCUAUCGAUCAGGUCACCGAUCCUAAGGGGCGACGAAACAGACAGAAGAUUGCUCAAAAAUUAAAAACUCGACGAACCACCGAUGUUUCGGUGAUCUCCUCAUUACCACCCACAACAACCACUGCAACUUCCACAACUACCACUACGGAACCGCCAACCACAACUUCACCGGCGUCAACCACCCGCAAACGAAUGCGCUUCAGAGUACGUCCAAAGAAGAGUAUCCGAAGCGAUGAAUACUUCGAAUCGAACUCCGGUGAACUGUUAAACAAUGACGUACCACACAGUCGCAAAGCCCUAAACCCGCAAAAUCCCUUCAGAAACCAUCAGAAACCAAGAAAAGGUUCCUGGUGGAAGAUGAUGAAGUCCUUGAACCCGGAGCAACGCUCCCAAUUGUCGAAAGCUCGCAUCAGCGAGGACAAGUGGGAGAAGAUCUUUGCCCUAACCACCGAGCGAGCUCUGCCUAGAAGAAGCGUUGACAGUUCAAAGCGAAAACACGCACGGAGGGAUCCUCGCUGGCGAUUAAAGCGAGCACAGCAGUUCAUGCAACGGCGUUUCAAAGGUUGGAAAACAUCCAGUAUGAGCUCGGAACCGAUUAAUGUCUGGACCACUACGACUACCACGAGACCUAGAAUGGCGCGUGUCGGAAGAGUGAAACCUACGGAACCCCCACCGGUUCAGGCCAGUUACAGCGAACAAGUGGAACGGUCCGAGCCCAAAACUAACUUGGAAGAAUCGAUUGACGAUCGACGCCAACGAAGGACUCGACCUGUCAACCGUCAAUCUAACCGUAUUCGACCGGGAACAAGUUCAGCGGAAAUCAUGAGCAUUGGACCACCACGGGAACCUAACGGUCAACCUCGAACUGGAAUACCCCCAGCGAUGCAGGACUUUAUCAUCCGCAAGGUGAAGGAACACUGCGAUAAGUGUAGCCCUAAUAACGAGGUCAUAAAAAAUCCAAGAAGCAGAAGUGCAUCACCAGCCAGAUCUUACACGCCUUCCAGAAGCAAAAGUUCCUCCAGUUCACGUCUACCGCGAACGCAAACUGUGGCACCGCCGACUAGUCUCUUCGGGAUGAAUCCACUGCGAACCAUAUUUCAGAUGGAAAUCUUCAAACCAUGGAGAAAUUUGAUGAACGGCAAACAUUUAACAUCCUAGAGACUCAAUGUCGU